AAAGCCCCGAGGCCCGCCCUCCGAGAGACUUCCGCUUCCGGUUGCGCCGGACCCGAGCGGCCGUCAGGAUGAUCGGGGACAUCCUGCUGUUCGGGACGCUGCUGAUGAACGCGGGCGCCGUGCUCAACUUCAAGCUGAAGAAGAAGGACACGCAGGGCUUCGGGGAAGAGGAGUCUCGGGAGCCCAGCACAGGUGACAACGUGCGGGAGUUCCUGCUCAGCCUGCGCUACUUCCGCAUCUUCAUCGCGCUCUGGAACGUCUUCAUGAUGCUCUGCAUGGUCCUGCUCUUUGGCUCCUGAGUGGCAGCUGUGACCAAGAGGCCACGUCUCCACCCUCACCAGCACCUUGGAGGAUGCACCGGUGACCCUCCCAGAAGGCCACGUGCGGGGGAUGCUGUGCAGGCCUGGGGCCCUGCGGCUUCUAGAAGCUUCUAUCGCAGUGGCGCGCCCCCCCCACACACACACACACUUUCCCUGGACGCACACUAGGAAGCUCUCCCGCCCCUGCUUGGCUCUGAGACUCACGGUCUGUGGGAUUUUCUCGAACCCACCGCCGGCCUGUCCCCACGUCCCCACGAGAGGGCCAGCUGAGCUUUGAGGAUGUCUGUCACCCUGUGGUCCCCUGGUGAAGAACGUGGCUCUGGGGACCCGUCAGAGGACACCAGUCUCCCUACCGGCCCCCCUGAAGAGCUCCGAACCCCAGCCCCACAUGGGAGGACCCCCGGCCCUGAGGGGAGCUCUGCGGCCCAGUGUGUGCCCGCCUCUGAAUGAGAAAGCUGGGAGGCGUGCAGUCAGCCCGCUCCGAGGAAAGAGAACAAAUAAAUACGGCUGUGCUCA